GGAACAUUUUCUUUUCUAAUACCUACAAAAACUUUGAUCAUGAAGAACAACUAAGUGACUGUUGUCCAGGAUAUUAAAAAAAAUGUAUUUAAACAAGAGAAAUGCCACAGGAAGGAACAAAAAAUCCACCAAAGGAAAAAUAUGUAAAACAGAUGUACUGAAGAGGGGUCCAUGUCAAGAGGAGCUCUUCACCUCCACAUCCUCAAAGGAGCAGGAGGCGGUGAACUGCACACCAUUCGAGAAGGUUUUCUAUGACCUGACGCAUUCAGAAAAGGUGAUGAAAGAUCUGGUGUUUGGACGGAGGGUUGGACUGUAUGAGCUGAGAGGCGAGAUCGGCUCGGGCAACUUUGCUCAUGUUAGACUGGGGACACAUGAUCUGACCAAAGAGCGAGUGGCUAUAAAAAUCUUGGAGAAGACACGACGGGACAGGCAAUCAGAAGCACUUUAUGCCUCUGAAAUUGCUUGCAUGGAGACGCUGGCCCACCCCAACAUCGUCCGCCUGUAUGAGGUACUGGAGACGUUCAAGCGGCUCUACUUGGUGAUGGAGUAUGCCAGUGGAGGGGAGCUGUUCACCCGCAUCUGCACAAGAGGGCGCUUGUCAGACUUGCAGAGCAAGCUUGUUUUUUCCCAGAUCCUGUCUGCAGUCAGAUAUAUGCAUGAUAGUCAUAUCGUCCACAGGGACCUGAAAGCAGAGAACAUCUACUUCACUAACACCUACUGCAUUAAAGUGGGUGACUUUGGCUUCAGCACGAUGUGCUACCCUGGUGACAUUCUUCACACCUUCUGUGGCUCUCCACCUUAUGCAGCACCCGAGCUGUUCAAAGAGACAGGCUACAUUGGUUACUAUGUAGAUAUCUGGGCAUUGGGUAUCUUGCUUUACUUCAUGGUAACUGCCACCAUGCCUUUCAAAGCUACAAGCACAAGCCAUCUCAAGUGUUGUAUCCUGCAGGGCUCCUAUGCCAUUCCUUCGUAUGUCCCCAUUUCAUGUCAGAAGAUCAUUAAGGGCUUGCUGAGGCCAAUCCCUAUGGAUCGCAUCAGUAUGAAAGACAUCAUGGACAGUGACUGGAUGAGAGGCAUUGAUUACCCACAGGCUUACACUGUUUGUAGCCUUACAGCCUCUCACCUAGCUGAACCGGCAUACAUCCUCAGCUCAGAUGAACUGAAUGUUAAAGCAGCGCUGGAGAACCUUGGCAUCACCAAGGUCCAUCUGGCCAACAGCACAGACCUAAGAAACCCUGUUACUGGGGCUUACCGCAUUUUGCUACACCGCAUCCAGAAGAGGGCAUCUGUGGAGAUGGUGGGCUGCAGCCAGACACACACCAAGGAGUCACCAAACAGGCUGCGAUGGAAAGCAGAGUGCCAGCAGAACAAAGCCCACUCUAUGGUCUGUAUCAUCAUGUAGAAGGA